AUGAGUGAACCAGACGACGUCGGAAAAGAAGUGUGGAAGCGAUGGAUUCUUGAGGCCAUACAUAAGAUACGAUCCCAAAAGCAAAGACCCAGUGUAGAGCGCAUAUGUCAUGCCAUUAGACAGCAUCACAACUAUCAUGAAGAUGUUGUUUCCGAGCGGUUGGAGAGGGCAGUGCGGGAUGGUGCCGUGCUGAAGGUAUACAACAAGGGCCAGAGCACAUACAAGGAUCCAUGUGGAGUACAAAAUAAGAUACUGCGGAUAGCGCCAGAUGCAGACAUAUCUCGUAUAGUGGCAAAAGCAGUAAGAGAGCUAGGAGAGAGAGAUGGUUCCAACUUGAAAUCCAUUGAGAAGCAUUUACGCCAAGCGUACCAAGUGUCUGUCGAGGAGAAUACUGAUGUGCGUGCAAUUCUACGAGCUGCAGCCAAGCGUGCUGUAGCCAGAGGUCUGUUAACAAAUCUAUCUGGCAACUACCAGGUGGCAGACAGACCAGCUGGUGUGGAGCGACAGAAACACAAGAAACAAUCUGUAUCACCAGAAAAGAAGCAAGUUGGGGGUGUUCCUGUAUGUGCGGAAUGUCUCGGUACUGAUGCAAGAAAUAGACUUGGCUCUCCUGAGUCCCUUAUUUGCUGUACUCAGUGCAAGUCAUACGCACAUCCAACCUGCUUGAACUUAUUAGAAUAUGCUAACUUGACUACAAUAAAGACGGGUCGGUGGUGUUGUGGAGAGUGUAGCCGGUGCGCAGUGUGCGGUGUCCGUGGCGAGUGGGCGGCAAGGUGCGGGGGCUGUGCGCGUGCGGCGCAUCCUCGUUGCGCUUCUCCACCUUUUACUUGCGACGCCUGCGCCAGGUCGGCGAUGGGUGGAACUCCCAAGAAGCGCAAGCCGAAGACGCCACGACACGACAGCGACGACUCACAUUCCGACGGUAAUGCCUCCUCGUACCGACUUCCGUCCGAACAGAGAAUGUCCAAGGAGAAACAAAAGUUCUUCCGCUUUUCCGCAUUUAAUCUUGUCAAGCGCCGACGGCGCCACUCAUCCAGUGAUUGGGAAAGCUGGGAGGAUUCGAAGUGGGGCGGUGUCCGCGUCACUAGAGUCCAACAGCUCGAACUUCGUCUGGAACGAAGGUCACCCACUUCGGAGGACUCUUUGUCUUCUGCCAUUACAGAGCCACCACCGCAAACGCUACCCACAGUAUUUGAAAGGCUUGCAACGGAACCGACCACGGUCUGGGGAUUCGCUGCAGAAGCACAAAAGCAAGCACAAUUAGAAAAGAAAGAAGAGCCUCUUUUGCUAGAAAACAAAACAAAACCGAAAACCCCUGAACCCACAAAUAAGCAAAAAUCUAAUCCGCCGUCAGAGGUACGUCGGAGAAGACAGAGCAAAUGCAGCGAUAGACUUCUCUCGACUUUAUUUGAUGGCCUGUCAGAGUUUUACUCCGUACGCACUGCCUCUCGGUCUCAGUCGCGACAUCGAUCUCGGGCUAAAAUUCCCCAAAAAGAGCGGGAAGAUAGUGAAGACAAAAAAGUUUUCAAAGAGACCCGAAGUACAUUUAAGCGGUACCAAGCGUCGUUAAAGAAAGAGAGAUGCAGCGAAGAGAGAGAUUUAGAGAAAGCGACAGUAAAAAUGAGCGCCAGCGCGCUGGUGCGAAGUUUAGCGGCUUCAAAGCGGAGGUCGUGUGGCCUGGCGAAGGAAGAAUCAGAAAAGUUGUUGCGCGGAGUAGCGCUGGCGUCGCAGCCGGCCACCAAUCAGACGGAUGGCAAACGCUUGCCACCAGGAGUUACUGAAGCGGAUGCGGAGGUAUUUUCAGCGGCACGAGCUGCCGGUGGCGUGGAGAUCGAGGGUACGACUCCAACUCGGUGUCCAUCUGCCAUCGAAUUUGGACAAUGGGAGAUAGAGACCUGGUAUUCGAGUCCUUUUCCACAAGAAUAUGCGAGAUUACCAAAGCUGUUCCUGUGUGAAUUCUGCUUGAAAUAUGCAAAAAGCCGAGCAGUUCUCAUUCGCCACUUAGACAAGUGCUUAUGGCGACAUCCUCCUGCUACAGAAAUAUAUCGUUGUGGAGAUAUCUCCGUGUUUGAAGUUGACGGAAAUGCUAAUAAAAUUUACUGUCAAAACUUGUGCCUUCUGGCCAAGUUGUUCCUCGAUCAUAAAACUUUGUAUUAUGACGUUGAACCUUUCCUAUUCUAUGUCCUCACGAAAAAUGACAAUAAAGGAUGUCAUUUAGUUGGCUAUUUUUCAAAGGAAAAGCAUUGUCAACAGAAAUACAAUGUCUCAUGUAUUAUGACCAUGCCGCAGUACCAGAGACAGGGAUUCGGACGAUUUUUAAUACAUUUUAGUUACUUGUUAUCGAAAGAAGAAGGGCAACCUGGAACCCCAGAAAAACCAUUGUCAGAUUUGGGCAGAGUUUCAUAUCACGCAUAUUGGAAAUCUGUUAUACUAGAGUACCUGGAUGGCUAUAGAAACAAACCUUUUACAUUCGAAGAUAUAGCACUAAGUACUGGAAUGCACAUGAAUGACAUUGCUGUUACAUUUCAACUACUCGGCUUUGUUAGAUACAUUCCCAGUGACGAUUCAGUAAAGUUGGGCAUAUGUGUAGAUUGGAACCGAGUUGAUAACCACAUGAAAAAGUUAAGGGCGAAACCUCGCCUAGAAAUCGAUCCCGAGUGUUUAAGAUGGACACCAUUACUAGCUCCAACAGUAAAUCCCUUUAGGUCACCAGAAGAGAAUUCGGGCAAUCAGGAAACUGAAAACGAUGGUGAAUUAAAAACGGAAAGCGAGCAUACGGAAACUGAACCCGACAUGCCUGUAUCUAAAGUAGAAGAAGCUAGUAUUGUAGAAAAAGCUUUUGAAACUCCGGUUGAAGUUACUUCAUCUGGUAGAAGAAGAACACGUCCCCUUAAAUAUAGUGAAAGUACUUAUCAAACGACACCUAAUAUAAGUGAAGGGAGUAGAAAAAGAAAACGCGAAGCAAACAGAAAAAUUUCUGAAAAUGACGGUGAUAACAAAGAUGAAAGUACGAGAAGACCACGAAGCAAAAGCGUCACCAGGAGAUCCUUUAGGUCUUUGCAAAAUGAAAGUAAUGAAAUACAGGAAAAUACAACUAAGAUCAAUAAACCAUCUGUAUAUGCUUCUGACGACACCCAAGAUAGCCAGGAAAGUGUUGACCAAGAUAGUAUUGUAGUUAAAGCAAAAAGUAACAGAAAAAUACCAUGGAAAGGAAGGCAAACAAAACGCCAAAGGCCUAAUAGAGUAAAGAGAUCUGAAUCGCCCACAACAAAGAAAACAAAAAUUGACAGAGAGAAAAGUAAAUCCAAUGAAAAAUUAAAUGAUAUCAAAGAAAGUCCUUCAACAGUACAAGAUAACUUAAAAGUUAAUAACAAUGAAGACAUAGUAGAAAAAGACAAACAUUCAGAGGCCAGUUCAGAAGAUUCUUCUGGUGAAGCUGAUGAUGAAAUGGACGUUGAAGAAAGGGAAGAUAUAAAAAGUGUCACCAGUAAACCUGCAUCUCCGCGGCCAAUUGAAGAAAAUAGCACUGACAAUCAUACUAGUGAUAUGGAGCUGGACAGUAUACACAUGGACUCACCUAAAUCAAUGGCUGAUAAAGAUCAAGUAAUUAAUGAAACUGUACUUGAGAAAAGUGAAUGUGCCACUCCCGACAAUCUUGAUCACCUGUUUACGGCUAAGGACGUGGAAAACAAAAUAGAUGAUAAAAAUAAUAUAGUAGAAACAACCCCCAAUGGCGACAUUAAAUCACCAGUGAAACCAAUUCUUGAGGACAAAGAUACCAUUAUUAUUUCAGAAUCAGAUGAUAAUAAUAGUCAGAGCUGUCCCCUUCCAUCGCCAAAGCCUAAUGACAUAGUUCCCGUCGACAAACGUGAUUCAAAACCUAAGGAAGUAGUUGAAAAUGAAAGUCCAUCAAAAGUUAUGCCAGUUGUUACUACAGAAAAUGCUCAUAUUGUGUUGGAUGCUAAAGGGCCAGAAGAAGCACAUAGGAAUAAGGUAUCUAUGGAUUUGAUUGUCCCCAAUGUGCAAAAGAUUCAACAAAUCGAAACCAUAGUUGUGGAGGGUGAAUCAAACAGUCCGAUUUCGUCCCAAACCGGAAUAUCACCUAAGAAAAACGACAAGUCGGUCAUAAGCGAAGCUUCGAAACCCACAAAAUCACCAAACAAAGUAAUAAGUGAGGUUAUUGAACAAAAAAGGUAUGAUGUAAGAAAAGAGACAGUUAUACAGCACCAAACAAUGGAUGACUCCAAGCUGGCUGAGAAAAAGUCUCCUAAUAAAAUAGAGUCAAUCAUUCAAAGUUUAGAUCCUCAUAGAGACAUUAUAAAUAGUAUGAAAAGAUCUGAGCCCCUAAAAAUGGAUACAUUAGUUGACAUCAGUGCUAAACUACAAAAUCCUCUAGCAAGCAAAGAGGAAAGCGAAAUAACUUUUCGUACCGACACAUUAAAUAUGAGAAAGGAUGACAUUGUCAUAUCGAGAAGUAUAAUAGAGCCAAACAUACAAAAUUACCAGACUACCAUGAGCAACUCUAUGACUAUACAGCCUAUAAAUCCCAUGCAUCAAACCUACAUGAGUCACAGACCUACAGUCAGCAAAGAGUCGCAGGCGGUACAAACUGAUAAAAUGCUGAUUAAAACGAGCGAACAAAGCCGGAUUCUUGGUAGUAUGCCGGAUUCAACGCCAGUUAUAAGUAAAACGACAACAAAAUUAGAAGUGCCCCACCCUAUAUCAUCACCAGUUGUUAAUCCAGUGAUACCAAAAGUGCCCAAUGUUACUGAUAUCAAUUUUUUACCUCGCUGUCAAAGUGCCAACGCCGUUGUGAAUUUAGGCCUAGACAGACAGUCUGAUUUAGAUCCUAAUUUUACCAAUAAUACUUUACAAAGCACUUUGGGUGGUUCAAUGAAUAUAAUACAAUCGGGAUCACAGGACAAAAGUGAUCUUGGACAAAGACCAAGAGAAAAGAGUAAGUUACGAGAUGUAAGGGUGAAUUCGGCUCAUAGUAAGUUAGAGAAAACAGACAAAAAGAUAUCAAAGAAUGAUACACCAAGGAGUACCCCUGAACCGAAAAUGUUUUUUCCAGAACAAAGUCCUAACGCAAGAAAGCCUGAGACAUCUGUCCCUAUAAAUGUGAUUAACUCUGUAAGUGUCACAAGCAAAUCAGAAUCGAAAAUUAACGAACCUACUAAGAAGCAAGACUUUUUUAAGAAAGAAAAAUCUAAUACCAAAUGUGAGGCAAAGAAUGCCUCCGCCAAACAUGAAAAAACGUGCGUCUCGCAAAUCACCAAGGCGGACCAAAACGACUUAAAUAAAAUGCUGCCCAAGUUUAAAUACGACAAUGAGCUAGUGUCGAAAGCGGAUUACGCCAUGAAUCAAAUUCCUAAUUACCAUACGGCUCAGUAUGCGCAGUGGCCGCCGUGGGAUCCGACGCGAACGCUACAAAGUACGUGGGAUCACAACAGACAAGUGGGAUACCUCGACAAGUUUCAAGGUUUCAAUUUACCGCAUUUAGACCAAAUGCAAAAGUCACCGCAAAAAUUUAAUCAAAAAGACUUCCACAAUAUAGCGUACGGUGCUUUAUCGAGCGGAAUAUACGCGACGCAACUUCCGCACUUUAAAGAAACUAAAACGGUCCCUUCGAAGAAUGAAUGUCUAAAGAACGAGUGUAAACCGUCGAAGCAGUCAAAAUCUACAGCUGCGUGCCAGACGCAAUGCGACAGCAAAAAAUCGCACAGCGAUCAUAUGAAACAGAUGAUGCAACGCCAAGUGAAUAAGCAGCCGGAAGUCGCAACCAGCUGCGCGGAGUACCGUCAACAGAGCCCCCAGAUAUUGACUUCGCCAGGUUGCAAAACUCCAUUCAACCAAAACGGACCCUGUUCUGAUAAAGUGGAAAUCGAAAAGAAUAGAAAGCAUAAAAAGGAAGAGUCUCCAAAAGACACAAGUAAAGAGGAAUUAUGCGAAGCGGUCAGUCCAGCUCUGCAGUCUAUGGGAGUGUACACCCCUGAUUCGACGAGCAACUCCGUACAUUCCGUGCAGUAUCCCGCGUGUGAAUUGGACGUGAGCCAGCUGGGGUUAGAGUCGCCCACUAGUAUAGGGUCUGAUCUCGCUUCACCUUGCUCAAUGAUGCAUAUGCAUCCUACACCGAGCCCGCAGUACCCGCACUCAUCUAUACAUAUUCCAUCGAUUAUGAGCCAGCCGAAUCAACCUGCAAAGCAACAGAAAAUUAAUAACCGUAAUAGAAGCAGCACUGCAAGUGGUAGCAGCAACAGUGCAGAGAGCAAGUCGGCAAUGCGCAGCGCUGCUACGCCGCCCGCCCGACAUCGUGCGACACCACCGGCUCAUCAACCACACGGUGUAAUGCAAGGAGGUGCGCCCGGAGGCGGUGCAGGUUACCAAGGCGGUUACAUAAGUUUUCAGCAGCAGCAACAGCAGUAUCACGCGGGGUGGGCCCCGUCCUGCUCGCUCGCUAAGUUGCAGCAAAUGGCUGAUGCGCCGCAGCACCCGCCGCACACUCACACACACACGCAUACACCUCCAGCACAGUAUGUGCAACAGGCUGGCACACCGCCUAGUGGUCACUAUCACGCCCCUAAGUACUAUGCGCCGGCGCACAAUCAGCCAGACUCGCCUAGAAAUACCAGGAACGCUACCAGUAACCUCAGCCAAAUUCAACACGUGCCAAUGGGCCCGGGCUCCCGAAUGUCUCCCAACCUGAACACCCACUUACUCAACCAGUACAGCCUCAACGGGUAUAGAGUACCGCAGCAGCAGUUCAACAACCUGCCGGUGCAGAUGAUGAAUGUUCAGCCGAGCGUCCAAUACCCCGCCCCCGACCCCAGGGCCCAGCAACCGAACGUGUACGCGUACGCCGGUUACAUUAACCCGCCCCCGCCUCUUACUAUGCAAACAUUAAACUCCACUAUGCGUCGGUAG